AUGCUCCGACGGACUCUAAUGAACUCGGCGGCGGGGGAUGUGACCGGUGAGUGUGAAGGCCGUGACUGCUCGACGUGUGUGUGCGCCCCGGCCAAAGGAGCACGGGGAGCUCCUGGAGCUGUGGGCCCUCAGGGGCCUCAGGGGCCCCCUGGUUUCCCCGGACCCCAGGGACCUCAGGGAGAACAGGGCUUGAGAGGAGCCGAGGGGCCUCGGGGGAGCCAGGGCCCAAAGGGAGACAUGGGGACUGUGGGGGUCUCGGGGUUCCCGGGUCUGGAGGGGCUGCCGGGCCUCCCGGGGGCCGCGGGGGGCCCCGGGCACCCGGGGGCCGACGGCUGCAACGGGACCAAAGGAGAGACCGGACCCCCAGGACGACCAGGAGAAGAGGGCCCGCCCGGAGACCAGGGUUUUCCAGGAACUAAAGGUUUUCCAGGAGAACCCUACGUUUACUUCAUCAACAUCCCAGGACUCCCGGGAGACCUUGGACCGAGUGGUCUGCCAGGACUCACGGGGCCCCCGGGAGCCAGGGGCCUGAUGGGUGUAGAGGGGCCGGAGGGACUGCAGGGGGCCACAGGACUUCCUGGUGUGGUGGGCCUCAGGGGACCUCCAGGUCAGAAAGGACGCUCUCUGCCUGGGACCAAAGGAGAAGAGGGGGAGCAGGGACCCCAGGGGCCCUCAGGGCCUUUUGAGGUGGUGGAGCCUCCAGAUGAUUUCUUCCCCAAAGGAGACAAGGGGGAUCCGGGGCAGAAGGGGACCUGUGGAGCUGAGGGUUUACCGGGUCUGGACGGACUUCCAGGAGAGAAAGGAGAGAAGGGCAUUGUGGGAUUUCCUGGACCAAGGGGUUUUCAGGGAUUUCCAGGACGAUCCGGACCAAAGGGCCCCAGGGGCUUCCCAGGCAGUCCCGGGCUUCCAGGUCUGAUUGGUCAAGAGGGGCCAAAGGGCAUGAUGGGAGAUGUAGGCACCAAAGGAGAAGGCCGCGACGUGACCCUGAGAGGUCCAGACGGUGACCAAGGGAGACCUGGACCCAGAGGACCUCCUGGAAACCUUGGCCCACGGGGAGAUCCAGGACGUCCUGGGGAACCGGGAAGAUCUUCACCAGGUUGGCCUGGACCUCUGGGACCUCCUGGAGUCCCUGGGUCUCAGGGAGAGAAAGGGGAGCCGGGUCCCGCCUCCAGAGACCGACCUCCUGAAGGAGAACCAGGCAAACAAGGAGCAGCCGGAACCGCAGGAGCCAAAGGAGCCAAAGGAGAACCAGCGUUCUACUGUGGACCUGGGUCUGCUGGAGAACCAGGUGAUCCAGGAGGUCCAGGCCUCACCGGAGAAUCAGGCUCCAGAGGAACCAAAGGUCUCCCUGGCCCAUGCUCCUGUGGUCCAGACCCUCCGCGAGGUCCUCCAGGAGAUCCAGGACCUCAGGGAUUUGACGGACCUCCAGGAAAACCAGGACCAGGCGGAUUCAGAGGAGAAAGAGGGUCUGAGGGCGAGCGAGGAGACCCGGGCCCCGAGGGUCUGGAGGGGUUUCCGGGACUCAAAGGGUUCAAAGGUCAGAAGGGAGUCCAGGACGAGCGGGACAUGACAGGAGGGAAGGGGAGCAGAGGAGAGGCCGGAGCCAGAGGACGCCCAGGCCUCAGCGGAGAACCAGGACAAGACGGACUCCCCGGACCCAGAGGAGACCCAGGACCAACGGGGGACAGUGUACCUGGGUUCAUUGGAGACUCUGGACCUCGGGGCCGGUCUGGUCCUCAGGGUCUUCCUGGUCCCGUUGGCCCUGUGGGGCCCUCUGUGCCUGGGGCUGUGGGAGACAGAGGGGCCCCUGGAGACGCUGGACCUCCAGGGGCCCCGGGAGCCCCCGGGCCCCCAGGGCCCAAAGGAGAGUUUCUUCCCUGUGUUCCGAAGAAUCCUGGAGCUCCAGGAGAGAAGGGCGACGCCGGAGACACAGGUUGGCCCGGUGUUCCCGGGGCCCCUGGGUUCAGAGGAGCCACAGGGGCCGAUGGAACUAAAGGAGACAGAGGAGAGGAGGGUGUCCCCGGGCCCCCUGGCCGACCGGGGCCCCCGGGAUCCACGGGAGCCACUGGAGACGAGGGACGUGAGGGCUUCAGCUACAGCGGGGACCCAGGCUCCCCUGGGCUCCCCGGGGCCCCUGGUCUGCCUGGACCUUCAGGAGACCCGGCUGUGGGGCCCCCAGGGGCCAUUGGGUUUCCUGGACCUCAGGGUUUCCAAGGGCCAAAGGGAGUGCCAGGCCCCUAUGGAGCACCCGGGUUCCCAGGGGCCCCUGGUCCUCCAGGGCCCACGGGGUUGAGAGGAGCAGUGGGAGACCCUGGAGCUGCAGGAGCAGUGGGGGCCUCAGGAGCUGUCCCAUACUGCCCCCCACUAACAGGGCCUCCAGGGCCCCCAGGACUGCAGGGUCCUCAGGGGCCGAUCGGACCCACAGGCUGCACUGGAGAAAACGGGGCCCCCGGGCCCCCUGGGUCUCAGGGUGUGGGGCCCCCGGGACCCAGAGGAAAGGCCGGCUCUCCAGGAUUCCCCGGAUACCCCGGACUUCAAGGUCCCAUGGGGCUUAUUGGAGACCCAGGACGGCCGGGGCCCCCGGGUGCCCCGGGAGAGAGGGGUCCUCAGGGCAAAGCGGGGGCCCCUGGAGGGCCCGGGUUCACAGGGACCACAGGACCUCCAGGACCAGCCGGACUCAGAGGAGAGAGAGGCCAAGACGGGGCUACUGGGCCCCUGGGCCUGAAGGGCCUCAAAGGAGUGCCCGGGGCCCCGGGGCCUCCAGGACAUGUGACUGUGGUGGAGGAAAAGGGACGAAGAGGAACAGACGGACCAGACGGAACCACAGGAUUCACUGGACCACGAGGGUUUAAGGGCCUUCCUGGGGCCCCGGGAGACCCCGGUCUGUCUGGACGUCCAGGGGCCCCUGGACCCUCAGGGCCUCCUGGGGCCCCAGGCCUCAGAGGCCCUCAAGGACCCAAAGGACGACAAGGACAGACAGGCCGGCGAGGACUUAUGGGGUUCCCCGGACCAACAGGAGACCAGGGAGCUGAGGGCUGCCAGGGCGUCAGUGGAGGCCCCGGGGCUCCUGGUGUUUUGGGUCCUAAAGGAGACCCAGGGGACUCGUCUGGAUGCCCCGGACCCCCUGGAGAUCGGGGCGCUCAGGGGGACUAUGGACCUCCAGGAUUUCCAGGACCAGAGGGAGAAUCUGGAAAGUUUGGGCUGCCGGGAUUCCCAGGAUGCACUGGGUGUAAAGGAGACCCAGGAGUCCAGGGUCCACCAGGAGAGAUGGGAGUGUUGGGGCCCCCAGGACCCGGGGGCCGACCGGGACCUCCAGGACUCCCUGGACCUCCAGGAUCUGACGGACCCCCCGGGCCCCAGGGCAGCCUGGGUCUACAAGGUCCUCCUGGUCCUCUGGGUCUGCACGGUUUGGACGGUCUAAAGGGAGUGAAGGGGGACACUGGGACCCGAGGGCUUGGACUUCCAGGGCCUAAAGGUUCUCAGGGGCCUCCUGGAGACACAGGACGCCCCGGCCCCCCAGGGCCCCCAGGAUCCUCUCAGAGCGGCCCCCCUGGACCCCGGGGUCCCCCUGGAUUCCCAGGACCCCUGGGACCUCAGGGACCUCCUGGAGAAUAUGGACAAGCCUGUGCCAACCCUAAACCCGGAUUAGACGGGUACCAAGGACCUACGGGACCCGGCGGAGACCCAGGUGUGCAGGGCUCUGUGGGAGACCCUGGUCCCAAUGAUCCAAUUCAAGGAGACGAAGGAGACGACGGAGACUCAGGCUGCACCGGGAACAAGGGCCAAACCGGAGCACCGGGCUCCAGAGGGAGAGCAGGGCAGCCUGGAGAGCCAGGGGGCAGAGGACCACGGGGGGACAUUGGUCUCAUGGGCGUCCCGGGUCCCCAAGGGCCCAUGGGGAGUGUGGGCUUUGAGGGCCGGCGGGGGGCCAGGGGCCCUCAGGGACCUCUGGGACCCAAAGGAGACCCAGGAGACAGUAACCCCUGUCCCCCCUCCACCGCCCCUAAAGGCUCCCCUGGAGCACAGGGACCCCCCGGGCCCCCAGGAGCCCCAGGCAAAGCUCCACACUGGGGCUUUAUUCCUCUGUCUCUGAGGUGUCCAUCUCUUCCACCAUGUAUAUCCUCCACUAUGUCCAUGUCCCCAACUGUGCCCUCCUCCAUGUCCUCCACCAUGUCCAUGUCCUCCACUAUGUCCAUGUCCCCAACUGUGCCCUCCUCCAUGUCCUCCACUAUGUCCUCCACCAUGUCCAUGUCCUCCACCAUGUCCAUGUCCUCCACUAUGUCCAUGUCCUCCACUAUGUCCAUGUCCUCCACUAUGUCCAUGUCCUCCACUAUGUCCAUGUCCCCAACUGUGCCCUCCUCCAUGUCCUCCACUAUGUCCUCCACCAUGUCCAUGUCCUCCACCAUGUCCAUGUCCUCCACUAUGUCCAUGUCCUCCACUAUGUCCAUGUCCUCCACCAUGUCCAUGUCCUCCACCAUGUCCAUGUCCUCCACUAUGUCCAUGUCCUCCACCAUGUCCAUGUCCUCCACUAUGUCCAUGUCCCCAACUGUGCCCUCCUCCAUGUCCUCCACUAUGUCCUCCACCAUGUCCAUGUCCUCCACCAUGUCCAUGUCCUCCACCAUGUCCAUGUCCUCCACUAUGUCCUCCACCAUGUCCAUGUCCUCCACUAUGUCCAUGUCCUCCACCAUGUCCAUGUCCUCCACUAUGUCCAUGUCCUCCACUAUGUCCAUGUCCUCCACCAUGUCCAUGUCCUCCACUAUGUCCAUGUCCCCAACUGUGCCCUCCUCCAUGUCCUCCACUAUGUCCUCCACCAUGUCCAUGUCCUCCACCAUGUCCUUGUAUUUACUGAGUGACCCCGGGCCAACCGGUGACCGCGGUCUGCCCGGCCCCUUCCACAUGUUAAGCGUUGGAUUCCUAUUGGUCGUCCACAGCCAAUCACAGAGCGUCCCCGUGUGCCCCGUCCACAUGAGGGCGCUGUGGAGCGGAUACAGUCUACUGUAUCUGGAGGGUCAAGAGAAGGCUCACACCCAGGACCUGGGCCAAGCGGGUUCGUGCGUGCGAAUCUUCUCCACGAUGCCCUUCUCCUCCUGUAACUCCGCCCACUGCUCGUACUCCUCGAGGAACGAUAAAUCCUAUUGGCUGUCUGCGUCGGGGGCGGUGCCGGCGCUCCCUGUGGUGGGCGGGGCUAUUGGCGAGCACAUCAGUCGCUGUGUCGUGUGUGAGAGCCCGAGCUCCGCUGUGGCCCUUCACUCCCAGGCCCCCCAGGCCCCAACGUGCCCCCCGACGUGGGCGCCACUGUGGAGCGGGUACUCCUUCCUCAUGCACACUGGAGCGGGGGAUGAAGGAGGAGGACAGUCUCUCACUUCGUCUGGGUCCUGUCUUCAGAUCUUCAGGCCUCAGCCGUUUGUCGAGUGUCAGGGCCCCAGAGGAACCUGCCACUACUUCUCCAACAUCUACAGCUUCUGGCUCACACGAGUCCAGGACCGGGACCAAGACCGGGACCAAGACCGGGACAAAGACCGGGACAAAGACCGGGACCGGGACUAUCUCAGAUCCAGGAGACAGAUCAGUCUGAGCCAAAACCCACAAAAGGAUCAGAACAUCGGGCGCUGUGUGGUCUGCAUGAAGACCCAGUGAGGACCAGACCAGGAC